AUGUCAGUUAAUCCAAGAUUCAAACUAUUCAGAGGAUAUACUUCUUCUGGCCAAGCCACACAUUUAAAUUCUCAACCACAGCAACAACAGCAACUUCAUCAUGACACGACGCCACAACUGGCAAAAUCCCAAAACACCAAAAAUAAAAACAAAAACAACACACAGUUUGAAGCAACUUCUAGCAUAUUAUCAGACUACGAUGACUUGGAAGUGAUUGAUGAAGUAAAUGAAGAGUCACUGUAUGUCUUAUUCAAUCCAGUCUCAAAACCCAAAAAUGAGUCAGAUAUACUUUCAUUGACCAACACAUCUAAUGGAGAAUCAGAAGCAGAUACAGACCAAGAGUACAUAGCUGAGGAAGUACAAGAGUUGAGACCGCAACAAAAAGAGGAGGAAAACAAAAAAGAAGAAGAAGAAGAAGAAGAAGAUGUACAAACUGAUACUGAGAAAUUAUCAUACAAGAUAAACAGCUGGUACAACUCAAAUAUCGUCACAUCGAAUCAAGAAAUUGACGAGAAUGUUGCCAGUUGGAACUUGGAUGAAGAUGAGGAGCUAACAAGUUCCAAUCUACUGCAACAGCAACAGCAACCGCAACAGCAACCGCAACAGCUACAACCAGAACAGCAACUGUUGGACGAGAGUAAAAGAUUACUCACAGAGUUUUAUGGAGAUGAUCUCUUCAAAUAUCUUGAUCAGGAAGAUAUAGCCAAAGUGAAAGGAUUCCACAAUAUGAUGGAUGUCAAACGGUUCCUCUUGGAGAAGGAUGUUGCACCAAAUGAUUCAUUGCUCAAGCAAAUAAUUUACAAAAUUCUCUACGUCAAGGAUAAAUCACCCAACUUCAUUGAUACGUCUCAGCACACUUUUAACAUUGGCAACACCAAUUACAUCAAUUAUUUGAUGGAAGAUGUACAUCAAAAACAACAACAACAACCACUUUCAUUUGGUGGUAGUUUUUUGGCUGCACCUUCAACUUUUUCAGAUACCAACACUGGUGGUGGAUCAUCUUUGAUUAUGUGUGGAGGUGUUGGGUUUGGUGACAAGACUUCGUGGAAUGAUAUAUAA